ACUAACUCUGACAAAUCAUGUAAUGAAAAAAUCAACUUAAAUAAUACAUCAAAUAAAGGUGUAAACAGAUUAUUAUAUAGAGAAACAGAUGUAGAUUCUUAAGAAACAGACUUUAAUUUAAAUGAAUAUGUUCAGGAUAAUUUUCAAAACUCAAGUAAUUCAUUAAAACUUUAGGCUAAUUCCGAAAAUACCUAUGAUUCCUUAUUAGCUAUUGAUUACCUUGAUGGCGUUCGUUCAGAAUUAAAUGAAAAAUCAAUUCAAACGAAAAAAUAUAAGUCAGCUGAAAAAAAUACAUCACCAAUAACAAGUAUACAUUUAAACAGAUUAGAUUUGCAAUAUGAAAAAGAAACAACAAGACAAUUGCAUAGUGAAUAUAAAAAGUCAAAUAAAUUUAUGGGUAAAUAUAAAGAAAAUAUUACUAAAAAGAUGCUUAAGGAUUUUAUGCCAUUUUUAUUUAGCUCUAUCAUUUUAUUAAUUUCUGCCACUUUUGGUUCUCUUUCAAAUAUGUAUUAUCCAUGAGUAUUAUUGUUAUUAUCAGUUUUAUAUUUAUUCUAUAGAUUAUUUAACAAUAUU